AUGUUUUACGAGGUUUAUGUCGUUGCUGUAUCUUCCGUAAAUGGGACACUGUACUCCAGUGAAGCAAUGACGGCAAGAACUAACGAAGGAGGUAAAUAUGCCAAAACAUAUACCGUGCGAUGCUCACGUCCAAUUGCGGUCGUACUCUUAGAACGAUCAUUCUUCUUAAUAAAGCGAAAACAUUUGCGUUUUGACCUCAAGAAAGGAGAGUUUUUAAAGUGUUGUUUCCUUUUCUAAACGCUUUUUUCUCUAUUUUGAAUUUUCGUUUAACCUCUCUGAAUUAAGUCUUCCAGCAGAAGUUUUUUUUUUUUUUGGGUUCGCCAUGCAAGGUAUGCGUGACGAAAUCUUAGGAAUGUCUGCGUGGUAGGCUACACUGAGUUUGGAGAAAGGUUAAUUUCAUACUUGAAGAACAAAAUCUUGUCGGGGAUUUAUAAUAAAUCAUUUUUCCUGUUGAGAGUCAUUUCUGCUUAAUUUUAUUCUUUAAGUACAAAAUUUUUUUGGGGAUUUAUAAUUAAUCAUUUUUCCUGUUGAGGUUUAUUUCUGCGAGAUCAUCUCCCCCCCCCCCAAUUUUUUUCAAAAUGUUUCGAAACUUUUGAAGGUUUUGUUUUUGUUGUUGUUCAGUGUUGUUGUUUUUUAUUUUUUUAGUUUGAGAGCAUGCAAAGAACAGAAUGGAGUGUCGCUUUACGUUGAGAUUAGUUAGCCGGGCCCCAUGCACUUGUUCAAACGCUGGAUAGCGCUAUUCACCGGAUAAAUCACUAUCCAGCGGAUCGAAGUAAUUGGGAAACCAAUAGGCCAUUUUAUAGUUGUGUGUUCAGUGCCCUGGCCUUUCAAUAGAAGCGACGCUGGCGGUGACCUUGUUUUGUUACAAACUUUCUUGUUUUUCAUAUAUAAAUGAUCAUGUUCACAGGAUUGUUAGUAUGAGAAUACCACGGUUUGCAUAUGAAAAACAGGAAGAUUUGUAACAAAACAAGGUUACCUCCAGCCUCGCUUCUAUUCGAAGGCCAGGCCACUGAGCACACAACUGUAAAAUGGCCUAUUGCAUUAUCCACUGAACAGAGAUUUGUCCAGUGGAUAGCGCUAUCCACCUUUUGAACAGCUGGAGCUUGGUGCGUAACCUUUAUUUUGAUAUUGAGCUUAGGUAUCACUUGGACAUCAGAAAACCCUGAUGACCAAAUGAAGAAAAUUUUCCCCUCUUUUUCGUACCUUCUCACUAAUAUCAUCAUUUGUUGCUGUUUUCGUUUUCCCAGUACCCAGCGUUGCACCGUCGGACUUACGAGUUUCUACGCUGCAUUUCACUGAAUUGAAGGUACAAUGGAAUCCAAUACCUCAGCAUAGUGUAAAUGGGCGACUACUGGGAUAUGUAGUCAACUACCAAGAGUAUCCCUAUGAUCGGUAUAGCACGAGACGAGUCAACACGAGUAGCCCAAAUGUCCAUGUGCUAGUGUUGAGUGGUUUGAAGGCAGCACAUUCCUACAGAGUCUGGGUGGCUGGGUUUACACGCACGGGAACUGGACCUCCGUCAUCUAAAUACUCCGUCAUUACUGGUAAAUUGAACAGAUAG